AUGAGCGCAGCCAAUGAAACUCGCGUGAUUAUUCCUCGGAUGCGACCGUCAUGUUCACAGUGUCAGAGAUCAAAGAAACGAUGCGAUCGAGAGAAGCCCCAAUGCUCUGCAUGUGUGCGAUAUGGGAGAGAAUGCGUUUAUGCUAGCACCGUGAGUAUCGUGGGAAAUGAUCAAGCACCCACCAGGUUGCCAUCGUCUGAGUUGCCGCCAAAGAUUGCUCAGGAUGAAGAGAGUUUCCCUGUAGUGUUCUUUCUAGACUCUGUUCUGUUUCGGCGUUCCUUGAAUCGGCUACCAGAUCUGGAUUUGAGUCUGAGCAAUCCUCUCCUAAACUACAUUGGCUAUGCUGCAUCUGAUAGGGUAUUUGUAAGCAAAUAUUUUGCAACUAUUCAUCCUUCGAUACCGUUUUUAUCGAAAAGGGAAUUUAGAGAGAGAGUUUUGAAUCCUUUGAGUCCUCCCCGACCAGCAAACACCCUUCUUGUUGCUUCAAUGAAGCUAUUAGCAACUCCGAUAACAGAAGAAGGGCCACGAUGCAAUGCAUACUAUGCCAUAAAAAACAGUCUGCUAGAAGCCGAAAACUCGUGUGUUUUGGAACUGCGCGUGCUCCAAGCUAUUAUCCUCAUUGCGCUGUACGAGCUUGGCCAUGCUAUUUACCCUGCGGCAUAUUUAACAGUAGGUUAUUGUGUCCGGUAUGGGAGUGCAUUGGGCAUUCACAAGGCUGUGGAGCAGUAUUCAGAAGAGGCCUUCAGUAUCACGGAGUCGGAAGAGCGACGUAGGAGUUGGUGGGCUGUUCUGGUAUUGGAUCGUUUUAUUAGCCUUGGGAGUGCCGAUAGAGUCUCUCUUACGACAGAUCCUAAUAGUAACAGCUUGUUACCUAUUGAUGACGCUAUAUGGGAAGAAAAUAGAGAGAUUGAUGCCCCGGUACGCAGGUUGUUUGAGCCACCGACGACGUCAAUGGGUCGCUUCUCCCUAACUGCUCAAGCUGCAGUUCUUUUAGGUAGGGUGUUUCGUAGCAUCCAUGAAUUCCCUGUAUUAGAAGGGUUUUGGCAAAACGACGUCAAAAUACUGGAUAAUACUCUUGUUGCGUUGACAAAUGUUUCGCUGGAAGAGGGUCGCUUUCGCGGAAUUGGCGUAUGCAGCCCUUCAACUAUCUGCUACAGUUUCAUAUCCCAAGACUUUAAGCUUGAGAUUGCGGCCGGUAUGCUUCGAUUAGCUCACACAAUAACAGCCACGAAUAGCUGCGCCGCCGAAGAAAUCACUCCGUUCUGCCUAGAGGCAAUUUAUCGGGGAGCAGUAUUCUAUGCUCAAGAGUAUUCGCGAACAGACGAUCACAGCGCUGCAGCAUCAUGUGAAGCUAUCAAAAACGCACUGACUGUAAUAAGCAAGAGAUGGAAGGCUGCUGCGUUCUAUGUUCAACUGAUUGAUGCGCGAAUGAUAACUGGUAUAUUAUAA